AUGACAGUGCAUGGCAAAUACAGGCUGGCAUUAUUGGGUCAUGGCAAUGGUGUUCCUCUGAGAGGAGUUAUUUUCGACAUGGACGGAACCCUAACAAAGCCUCAAACAUGGAUGUUUGCUGAGAUGCGUAAACAGCUAUCUGUCCCGGACGGCGUGGUGAUUCUAGAUUAUUUACUGGACAUUCCAGACGGCCCAUUAAGAGAGGAAGCAGAGGGGAAGAUCCGUGCCAUUGAGGAGAGGGCCAUGCAUGAGCAGGAACCAACUCUUGGUUUGAAGGAGCUCUUUCUCAACUUGAGGACAUGCAAUGUCAAAACGUCGAUAUGUACAAAGAACGUUGCAAAGCCGGUGGAUGCCUUUUGUAGCAAAUUUUUAAAAGAUAGAGAAUUGGUCACUGGUCCCAUUAUAACGAGGAACUUCUAUCCGCCAAAACCUUCUCCCAAACCGUUGUUGCAUAUCAUUGAUUCAUGGGGGGUUUCACCUCACCAAGUGCUGAUGGUGGGCGAUUCCCGUGAGGACAUGCAGGCUGGCUUGGAAGCCGGAUGUGCGGUUGUGCUGUUACGACACGAGGAUAAUGGCGAUUCAGAAGCUGCAUUUGCAGUUGAGGGAUCAAAGUCUAAAUUGGAUGGAAUUGUGACAGAUUUCUUUGAGCUCUACAAACUUCUACAGGAUGGAAUCGUGGUGGAUAGAAUUUAA